AUGUAUGAAGAAUUAAAAAAAAAAAUCCCGUUCUCCUUCCCUCCAACCCUCUCUUGGGGCAACCAGCGCGUCCUCCGCUGCGUUAACCUCACCGCCGAAGGCAACGUCACCGCCACCAACAACAAAUCCUCAUCGGAAUCUGAUCCCAAGCCGAAGCUGAAGCGGGUCGAGGAGGAGGCGGAGUCGUCCUCGCCCGCUCGGCCCUGGAAUCUUCGGACUCGGCGAGCGAAUCCGAAUCGGAUCUCAAACCAGAACGCAAGUCCGAGUCCGAACUUGAAACGGAGCUCGCCAUCGCCGCCGUCGCCGCCGUCGCCAACGAUUUUGGCGGUGGAGGGGGGCAAUCUGGUGAAAUUGGGGAGAUCGGAGGAAGAGGAGAGGAACAGAGGGGAAAGGUGCAAGUUUUCUGUGGCGUUGAAGAGGGAGGAGAUUGAAGAGGAUUUUGUGAAGAUGAAGGGAUCGAAGCCGCCGAGGAGACCAAAGAAGAGGGCUAAAUAUGUUCAGAGGCAGCUCGAUUCUCUUUUCCCCGGCUUGUGGUUGUCUGAGAUAACAGCGGAUUUGUACAAAAUUGAUGUUGAGAAAACCUAGUUCAUGAUAAAAUUGAAGUUAUUUGAAGAGUUCGCAAGAUACUGACUGUCCGAUGUAAUGUUUCAGGCCUUUGGUUAGUUUGGUUCUUUGUAUCACAUUGCAUUUAUAUGCAACUGUUAAUUAUAAUUAAUAAAUGUGCUCCAAAAUUUUGUUCUUCAGUUGCAAAUUGCUUCCAUACGCUGAAAUUUACUUACUUUUUCCCCA